CCGUGGCGCCGCGACGCCCGGUGGUUUGACUUGUUUUUCGGUUGGGCUCUCGGCGUCUGCGGCUCUGGGCGACGUGGGAAAGGACAGCAUGAACUUUACCCCGACGCAAUCUCCUGUCUGCAGAAAGCUGACGGCUCUCCCCAAGCAGGAGGCUGCCGGUGGCUUCAGUGGCCCCACCAGGUGGAAGGGGGUGUCUUUCUCCGAUUCCGUGCAGUCAACUCCCUUGCCUUCAGUGGAAGAUCGUCUGGCCGUCCUCUGCCCUUCUCAGGAGCUUCUAGAAUAUUACCAGAAGAUGAUGUCUGAGUGUGAGGCAGAAAACGAGGGCCUGUUGAAGAAGCUGGAGCUGUACAGAGAGGCCUGCGAAGGGCAGCAUAAACUUGAAUGGGAUUUGCAGCAAAGGGAGGAAGAGAUUGCUGAGCUGCGGAAAGCUCUAAGCGACGUGCAGGUCUGCCUCUUCCAGGAGCGGGAGCAUGUCUUACGCCUCUACUCAGAAAACGACCGACUGAGAAUCAGGGAGCUAGAAGACAAGAAGAAGAUUCAGAAUCUCUUGGCUCUUGUGGGAACAGACACUGGAGAAGUGACCUAUUUUUAUAAGGAGCCUCCCAACAAGGUCAGCAUUUUCCAAAAGACUAUCCAAGCUGUAGAAGUAAGUGAACAGAAUGAAUCUUCAGCUUUCAGAGCAGAUUCUAAAGGCAGCAGGAGAAAACCAGCAGUGAGACGGAAGGAGGAGAGUGCCCAGCUGCACCAGAGGGACGUGGAGACCCUCAUCCUGCAGGUGGAAGCGCUGCAGGCCCAGCUGGAGGAGCGGAGCAGGCUCUCGCAGGAGCAGGUGGCGGGGCUCGUGGAGGAGAGGCGGAUCCGCAUGGAGGAAGUGCAGGCUCAUCAGCAGAGGGAUCGGGAGAGAGUCGCAGAGCUCACCAGAAAUCUCCAUCAUGCCAAGGAACUGCUCUACGAGAGCACCAAAGACUUCUUGCAACUCAAAUUUGAAAACCAAAGUAAGGAGAAGUCCUGGAUGCUUGAAAAGGAUCAUUUGAUGUCAAAGAUUAAGCAAUACAGGGUGCAGUGUAAGAAGAAAGAAGAUAAAAGUGGAAAAGUUUGGCCAGUUCAUGAGAGCCAUUACAACCAAAAUGAAUACAUUAAGUCCCUGAAGGAAAAGAUAGUACAAGAGAAAAAGCUGUCCAGCAUGUACCAAGAGCAGUGCAUUUCCCUAGAAGAAGAACUUGCCCAAAUUCGUGAGGAGGAGGGAGUGAGGAGAGAGAUCUUUAAGGAUCGCACCAACAAGAUGGGGAGGCGUCUACAGGUCAUGACGAAACGCUACGAGGCCUUGGAGAAACGACGUGUCUUGGAAGUAGAAGGCUUUAAGACAGAUAUUAAGGCUCUCAAGCAAAAACUGAAAGACUUGGAGCAGAUGCUCUAUAAGGCAACACUUAACACCCGGGCAAACCAGGAUCUUGCCAUCCUGUGUGAGGUUCGUGACAGCAACAGACGGGCACAUAGAAUACAAGGAGAACUGAAGAACCUCAAGUCCAAAGUAUUCAGCCUGGAGAACGAACUUAGACUCUGUUGAUGUUUACUUUUUAGGACUGGCACACGUCUGGAGUAGGUCUGCUUCCUGAAAUGUGAGGAAAAGGUCACCUUCUCCCAGAAACCGUAGGCACAGAGUUGUCUAGGGUAGUGGUACCCAUUAUUAUAAAGGCAAGGUAAAGAUGAGCUUUUUUUGCAUCCUAAGCUUUAUGAUUUUUUGCUGUCCUGUUAACCUUUUCUGUGUUUUUUUUUGGGGGGGUGGGGCUGGGGGUGUGAUUUGGUCUGGAUUAUAAUCUGAAUUAUUUACAGACUUUCCCACAUUAUUUCUCCCAUUUAUAACGACAGGGUUGUUUUUGUUUUUGUUUUUUUUAAGAGACAAUGACAAAAAAGAAAGCGUUUGUGCUGUGAGCUUGGCUGAGUGUUAGUGGGAGGAACGCCCACCCCAGGAGAUAAAGACUCUGGUCUCAGUUUGCCUUUCUCCUGGGCAGAGGGCAAAGGCUGCAAAUCACAGCCUGUCAAACGCGAAUCGGCCGCAGUUCUGUCAGCCCUGAGCUGUAGGGCCUGAGUUCCUUUCUGGACACCCCAUCUCAGGAAGUUUCACCAGAGGGCACCAGAGGCCCUACUCUUAAGCAAAAUGUUUGUCUGGGAAACGAAAGGUGCCACUUUGGUAAGCAUGAGUGAAACUUCAAUGACCCUUGUAUGAAAAUUUCAGUGUUUUACCAGUACUAUGGUUCUUUUUUUUCUUUUUCGUUACGCGGGCCUCUCACUGUUGUGGCCUCUCCCGUUGCGGAGCACAGGCUCCGGACACGCAGGCUCAGCGGCCAUGGCUCAUGGGCCCAGCUGCUCCGCGGCAUGUGGGAUCUUCCCGGUCUGGGGCACAAACCUGUGUCUCCUGCAUCGGCAGGCGGACUCUCAACCACUGCACCACCAGGGAAGCCCCAGUACUAUGGUUUUUUAAAAAUAAUGUAUAUAUUUUAAUUUAACUAUUUUUCAAUAAAAUAUAUAUUUGAAAAUAUUCUAUUUGAGUUUCCUAUAAUCGCUUGUUAAAACCACUUUUAUACUUUAUUGAUGACUCAGUUUACUUACCUAGUCCAUGGUUUCUACAGUGCUCUACAAGUAUUAAAGUUCUCCUAAAUGCAUCCCUUGAAAUCGUCUCGUUUUGGAGGUAGCAAAGAUAGUGUAAGAUGACGACACUAAAACCGUAUCCAUCUUUUCCAUCUCUGUCCUUCUUCUAGGCAAAUAGCUGUGCACUUGGGGCAGAGUCGUUGUGAAUGUACCUGGACAGCCUCUGGGAAUUCAGUUGGUCUUGGCUUAGUAUAGCAUCAUUCUGUUGCCCACGACGAAGGAAAGAACUCAGCGUUUCAUAUUUGUGUUAAGGAAAAGUGGUGAUUAAACUGUCAGUAGGAGAUACUGCUUUUUCUUUUUCCCCAAAGCCUAUGAUAGCAGAUCAAGCGCCUUUCGCUGAUAAACAGACGGAUUCCCAGAGGGACCAGUCCUGGGCUUCAGAGGCAUGUACGUCAGUGGGCGGUGCUUCCUUUUGUCCUAAUAACACUUGAGGCCUUAGCUAUCCAUCACUGUUGCUGUUUGAUGCUGGGCAAAACAAAAAGGCUUAUCAAAUCACAGGAUUUCAGAAUAAGAAGGAAGCUUAGAGAUUUUAUUUCAUAUGCGACUUAGGCCUCCCCCCACUGGGUUCAGCAGUGAGUCAAUAACGUUUCUAGCACCCUGGCCUCAAUUCCAGCGACGUUCGUCGGUCUUCAUAUUAACCACACACUAGUGUAGCCGCUCUCUAAACCUCAUUGUCAGUUAAAGCUACUCCGUCACCAAGAGGCAGUAAAGAGUAGUGGGAAGAGCACAGGCUUUGGAGACUCACAGAUGUAGGUUCCGUCAUGCCUCUCACUAGAAUUCCAGGCUCCAGUCUCUACCUAAACAAUGGAGAUCAAGCUACCUGCUUAAGCAGCGUGACUGAGGAUUAAGAAAGAGAAAAUAUAGUAGCGGGAGUAUGUGAAGAAUUCUUACAACUCAGCGAUAGAAAACAACACAGAAAGUGGCCCAGGGAUCCAAAUAGGCAUUUCUCCAAGAAAAUAUACAAGUGGACAACAAGCCCAUGAAAAGAUGCUCAACAUUAGUUACUAAAGAAGUGGAAUCAACAAUGAGAUGCCACUUCACACCAACCAGGAUGGCUAGAAAAAACAAGACAGUACUGCCAGCAAGGGUGUGGAGAGACUGGAAGCCUCACGUAUUGCUGGUGGGAUUGUAAAAUGGUGCUGCCACUUUGGAAUGCAGUCUAGCAGUUACCAUAAGUUAAACACGCACCAAACGGGAAGGGAUGAGGAGGGAUAAAUUAGGAGUUUGGGAUUAACAUAUACACACUACUAUAUAUAAAAUAGAUAACCGGGAUGUCCCUGGUGGUGCAGUGGUUAAAAAUCCGCCUGCCAAUGCAGGGGACACAGGUUCGAGCCCUGGUCCGGGAAGAUCCCACAUGCCGCGGAGCAACUAAGCCCUUGCGCCACAACUACUGAGUGCGCUCUAGAGCCCACGAGCCACAACUACUCACGAGCCUGUGUGCUACAACUACUGAAGCCCGCGCGCCUAGAGCCCGUGCUCCACAACAAGAGAAGCCACCGCAAUGAGAAGCCCGCACACCGCAACGAAGAGUAGCCCCCGCUCGCCGCAACUAGAUAAAGCCCGCGUGCAGCAACAAAGACCCAACGCAGCCAGAUAUAAUAAAUAAAUAAAUUUAAAAAAAAUAAAAUAGGUAACCAACAAGGACCUGUAUAGCACAGGGAGCUAUACUCAAUAUCUUGUGAUAACCUAUAAGGGAAAAGAAUCUGAAAAAAAUACAUACAUAUUCUUACAUAUAUAUGUAUGUAUAACUGAAUCACUGUGCUGUACACCCUGAAACUAACACAACAUUGUAA